GUUGGAAUUAUAAUAUCUGAAUAGCCACAUAGUAGUAAUUGCAUAUACUCUUAGGUUCUAUAUACUCUUAGGUUCUAUAUACACUAAACACCACACCGUCAGGGCUUUUUUACGGGGUUAGUUUUAGUUCUCUUGUAGCGUAACAGGAUACGACAUCCACACUACUUUGAAGUUCUUUGAAGUGAAGCAUCUCGACACAAAAAAAAUGAAGUUCUCGAAGGUGAAUGGGUUGUUCCGCAAGGUUCUUACCGGAGGCGAUAAAUCUGUUACAUCUGAAGAUCCUGACGCUUACAGUGAUGGCAGCAAGAAAGAGCCACGAUCUAUUGCGACCCCAAGUUUGGGAAGCAUCAGAUCGUUUCGAAUGAAGCCAAAACCACGCAAGGAUGAUGCAUCGUCUGUUUCAGGCAUGGAAAUUGAAAGUGUAUCAAGCUUCAGCGACUCCACGACCAAUAACAUUGGAUCAGAGAGUUCCGAAAUAAACUCAGAUUCGGCUCUUGGAUCGAGUUUCGGGCGAGGUGAGCACGACAGCGUUGGAGUCGCAUCGAGAAGUGUAGGCUGUUUACAGUCACCGUUUGGUAAGACCGCGGGUGGUCGUCCGUUGUCUCAUAUUGAUCCUCGACGCGGAGGGAGUUUGUACACUGGCUCUUCUGCAGGAUCUCUAACACUUCCGAAUGGGAGAGGUGCUCGAGGAGCGUCGUUCAGUAGUCCUCUUGGGGCAGAUACUAAAGUGAGGCCAUUAUCAAUGGCUAGUCUGCCUAGUUCAUCACAUAAAUUGAAGUUGGAUAUCAAAAUAUCGCCCGCGAGUCCUUUAUUAGGGCAUACGCGUUCAAGACGGGAUCAAGGCGGUAAUAUAUUGUCUUGUUUGAAGAAAGGUUCGGAUGCGAGCACUAAUAAUACGAGCUCGACGAGGUCGCCCACUUCGCUCAAAGUUAGCUUUAAUAAGCGGGUCACUAAGUGGACCGCCAUGGCUGCCCAAGUCUACGACCGCAAAAGCGACCCUCGGCCGAGCCUGUCUCCAAGUGAAAAAAUGAGCUUGUAUAUAGAUCUGAUGUCCUUCAAACUUACAGAGAUGCUUGUUCACGAAAGUAGCUUGCAGUAUACAAAUAAGCAUCUUGCACGCCUGGAUCCUGAUUCGUUGGAGAUUAUGAGCAAGAUUAUCAACGAAAUUAUCACUAGACAUUUACAGAGUGUUAACGCUCGUCAACAAGCCGAGCAGAAAAAUCGUCAUAUUCAACAACACCAUCAACAAGGGGACGUGAAUUCGCUGAAGAGUAGAGCUGGUAGCGAAAGAGGUCUGCAGAAUAGACCUGCGAGCCAACACGGACGAACGGGCUUGCGGAAUAGACCCGGUAGUCAGAGUGGGGCUAUGGGUGUACGAAGGGCAGGAUCUCUAGGGGUGGAUAUGGGUUUGCAGAAUAGACCUGGAAGUCAGAAUGGUGUGCAGAGCAGGUCAGGAAAUCAAAACGUAAAUGUGGGUGUGCAAAUUAGACAAGGAAGUCAGCCAAGUAAUAGUCCUGUGGGUCGCAACGGUGGCGGUAAUCUGCAAUACAGACCCUUGAGUGUUGGCGGAGCUACGUCUCUACAAAAUAUGCCAGGCAGCCAUCACGGAGUCGCUCCAAGACCGGAAAGACAGAGGCAAGCCAAAAUGAGACCACAAUCACAGAUGGUAACUCCAACUCAUCUGCCGAGUCAAUCACCUAACGUUAUGCACAACAGGAAGAAAAUAGGAGAGAUUCUAAACACUACGCCGGUCUCAAAUAAUGUAGUCGAAGUCACUACAUCAAGCUAAAUAGCAGUAAAUAGCACUUAUGUUAUUGCUUAAAAUGAAGUAGUGCACUUAUUUGGACGACGUUAUUACGAAAUAAAAACGGAAGUAUGUAUUUUAGUAUAAUGAUUUGUAUUUUCUUUGGACUACCUGAUGGGCACCGUGGGCAUGUUUAUGGAGGUAUUGCUUACAAUGGAACGAUAUUUAUUAGUUGAACGAAUCAACUCAUAUUGGUCCUCGGCAGUUCACAUACAACUGCAUCGGCGCAUCGCUUGGAAGAUUACGGGUGCUCAUGGCCGCACUCGCAGGGAGAAUUAUAUAUCUGCCACCUCUUUUUUUAGAAGGCGAUACAUCAUUGGGAAAGACCUCUGUUCUGGACGGUAUCCAGGAGUGUUGCAGAUAUGAUACUCGCAAUUGGCACGGUUAAGUUAUCCAGAUCAGUUGCAUCGACACUUUUCACAAAUGCUGCGACUGUGCCGGAAGAUACAGUCCAAAUACAAUUUCGAUUAGUGCGGCGAUAGUCGCAUAUGUUGAACGAGUAAACUCCUGGGGUGGAUAUUUGUCAAAUUUAUGACAUUGAAGCAAAGCCUCAUGCGAUUUUUGUUAUGCAGAUGGACUGUGGUUGAACAGAGAUAGUUCAGGACAGUUUCGAAUAAUUCUGAUGUCGACGGCUGUGGAAGUGCACGAAACUGAAUUGCGAUCCGGACGUCAUACCUAUGAUCUGGAUGAGAAGACGUGGCCAAUAGCCAGAACGAGGCGGUACCCAACCAAGGUUCUGAAAGUGGUUCGUAUAGAGUAUACAGCCAAUCAUGCUGCAAGUUAUGAAGGCCGCCAAGCCCACACAAGUUUUGCGCCCAUUCCAUGGUAGUGGCAUUUCCCCAUCGUUUCUGUUAUGAUUGUUGAAGUUUAGCUACCCGUAAAGUACACAAAUAUACCGCUUAUAACUAUUGUACAGGAACCAAAACAGGCAUGCAGGUCAUUCCAGAACGUCAAACUCUACUCGCUGCCUGAGUCGAAACACACCGGGGUACCUACUCAAGAUAGGCUUCGUACAUGCUACAACAAAUACUAACACUCCAGGCGGACUCAAAUUACGUGUGCAGCAGUGGGCAUGUGUAAAAUACAUAAUCUAACUACAACAUGGGGAUGAUGUAUCGAGUUUCAACGUAUGGCCGAAAAUGAUAUCGGGCACCGAUCUGAAUGUCCGUUGUUCUGUCACAAAAAAAGGGUAUUUUUGUAUCAUCAAGCGGGACAAUAAUUACAGUUUUAAUACAGCGGAAUUCCACCAAUGAAUGGCAAACGAGAUAUUGGAUACAAGGACACGGAAUCAUAUGCUAAAAUGACUACUCUCC